AUGUUGUACUUGAUCGGCCUAGGCCUCUCCCACGAGACCGACAUCACCGUGCGUGGUCUUGAAACAGUCAAGAAAUGUGAAAGAGUGUAUCUUGAAGCGUACACCUCCAUUCUCAUGGCGGCUGACUUGGAGUCGCUUGAAAAGUUCUACGGUAAGGAAGUCAUUCUUGCCGAUAGAGAAUUGGUGGAGUCUGGCGCUGACCAGAUUCUUAAGGAUGCUGAUAAAGUGGACGUUGCAUUUUUGGUGGUUGGCGAUGUUUUCGGUGCCACUACUCAUACAGACUUGGUCAUCAGAGCCAAUGAGCUCAAUAUCCCAUUUGAAAGCAUCCACAAUGCUUCAGUGAUGAACGCCGUGGGCGCCUGUGGCUUGCAAUUGUACCAGUUUGGCCAGACCGUGUCGUUGGUGUUUUUCACCGAAACCUGGAAACCAGACUCGUUCUACCUGAAGAUCAUGGAGAACAGAAAAAUCGGUCUCCACACCCUCUUGCUUUUGGACAUCAAGGUCAAGGAGCAGAGUAUAGAAAACAUGGCCAGAGGAAGGUUGAUUUACGAGCCUCCUCGUUACAUGGAUAUCCAGACUGCUGCCCAGCAGCUUUUGGAAAUCGAAGAACUCAGAGGUGAGAAGGCCUACACUCCAGAAACGCCGUGUGUGGCUGUUUCCCGUCUUGGGUCGCCCACACAGAAGUUCAAGGCUGCUACAUUGAAGGAAUUGGCUGAGUACGAUGCCGGUGAGCCUUUGCAUUCGUUGGUUAUGUUGGGAAGACAAGUGCACGACUUGGAGUUGGAGUACUUGUACCAGUUUGUCGACGACAAGGAGAAGUUCAAGGCGUUUGUGGAGGCAGACCAGGAGCAUUUCAAGCCUCCUCCAUAUGUUCCUCCUGAGGAGGACCUCAGCGAUUAG